GGAGGGAGGGGCGCGGGGAGUCGGGGUCAGGCCGCCGUCGGGGCGCCGGGCGCUGCGGGCCACCUGUUGCAGCGGGCGGCCAGGGCUCACCUGCGCGGAGUCUGGGCCGAGGGGCGGCGGCGGCGAGCGGCGGAGCUGAGGUCCCCGCGGCUAGCCCGCGCCUCCGGCUUCCGCCGGGUCAGCUGACUGCCCAGUGCGGAACUGUGCGCCCGCCGCGCUCCCCUGCCGCGCUCCCCGCUGCCGCCGCCGCGCCCCCGCGCUCCGUCCCGCGCGCCCGCAGCGUCCUGGCCGCCAUGGCCGGGCUCGUGGUGCGUGGAACUCAAGUGUCCUACAUAGGCCAGGACUGCAGAGAAAUUCCAGAGCACCUUGGCAGGGACUGUGGACAUUUCGCAAAGAGGCUUGAUCUGAGCUUUAACCUUCUGAGGUCACUGGAAGGACUGAGCGCAUUCAGGAGCCUGGAGGAACUCAUCUUGGACAACAAUCAGCUGGGGGAUGACCUUGUGUUGCCAGGGUUACCCAGACUGCAUACCUUAACCCUCAACAAGAACCGAAUCACUGAUUUGGAGAACCUGCUGGAUCACUUGGCAGAAGUGACACCAGCUCUGGAGUACCUCAGUCUGCUGGGCAACGUGGCCUGUCCCAACGAGCUGGUCAGCUUGGAAAAGGAUGAGGAAGACUACAAGAGAUACAGAUGCUUUGUUCUGUACAAGCUGCCCAACUUGAGAUUUCUGGAUGCCCAGAAAGUAACCAGACAAGAACGAGAGGAGGCGUUGGUCAGAGGAGCCUUCAUGAAGGUGGUGAAGCCCAAGGCUUCCAGUGAGGACGUUGCCAGCUCCCCGGAGCACCACUACACGCCCUUGCCUUCUGCUUCCAGGGAACUCACCAGUCACCAAGGUGUCCUGGGGAAGUGUCGCUACGUUUACUAUGGGAAAAACUCAGAGGGCAACAGGUUUAUCCGAGAUGACCAGCUCUGAAGCCAACUUCUGUAUACCUUCACCCAUUUCAUGAAAAUAAAAUCAAAAGGGAAAUCAAAAAUAAAGAAAACGCUAAAGAAAAAACAAUAGCCCACAUUGCCUCUCUUUGGGAAAAGCUAUGACUUCAGCUUUUGGUACCUUCCGCUGACUUUGCCAGGCCUGUCAAGAUGAUCCUUCUGCCUUAGACUGAGUGGUCACAUAGAGAUUGACAUGAUUGCCCUUAAGCAGGUCUCAUCCACCAGGGUGACAGACAGCGGUGGCGAAGCAACAGGGCUGACAGCAUGAACACCAUGAUAGAUUGCCUGGUCCUGCCACUGCUCACAGGGGAGCAGAGGUCACACCUGGGGCCUCCCUGGACAUGCUCAGUGGCUGCAGUCAAGUGAGAAAGACUGUCCUCAGCUCGCCUAUUGAAUUGAAAUCCCUCUGAUACCAUCCCCUCUGAUACCAUCGUGCUGUGGGCUUAUUUUUAGUGAAAUAGUCACAGUUUAGGGGACAGCCACUCUCCCUCACUCCUUUUAAAUCUUAACGUCCUGUAUUCUGCAUAUACAUAGCUCCCGUCUCUUCCCCUCCACCUUCCUUUAGCAUCGAUUUUAUGACAGGUGGUGCAUUUCAGUUUGCAGUUUUUCGGAGAACAAGGUAUAACUUCCCAGCCAGGUCAUACAUUUAUGGCUGGCUUCAUGUUGCUACAAUCCCUUUAUUGGUGUAAAUAGCUUUCCCUAAAUCCCUGACUACAAAAGCAUGGACUUUUAUCUUGUUUCAUUCAACUCUAAAUCCACUUCUUGCCGUGAGUAUGAUGCAGUGUAAGGCAGUAAGGCAUCUUUCUCAGCACGAGGGUUUGGUUGCACCAGGGACUCUUAUUUAUUAAUUUAUUUUUAACCAUACACACUUCCAGUGAUGCCUGUGGCCAUACUUGUGUGUGGGGCUGGCUUGCUCCUUCGGGUGCUAUUUAAAGGGAGUGAGGUGAUGAAAGAUAGAGUGAAGGGUCAGGAGGUUAAAAAACAAAAUUAAGACUGUUGAAAACACCCACCAGACCAAAGAGUUUUUAUAGAAGGCACAAACCUUUUGGAUUUUGCAUCUUUGUCAUGACCUCUCAGAAAUCAAAUCCACAGGUUGAGAGACGGUGCUCUGUCUUCCUGUAUGCUUGGCUGUGCACUAGCACUAAUGUCACAAGGAGCAUAAGUGUGAUCAUUGCUAGUUGGGUGACUCUAAGUUUAUCUAACUUGCUGGUGCACCAGUCAAAUCACUCUAGAAGAUGUUCAAAAGGUUGAUUGUUCUUGACACGGUAGUGUUUAUUUUUCUGCUUCUUCUGUUUAGACCAAGUGUUCAUUGUCCUCCCAGUAUUAGGUCAGUUUGAUGACAGCAAAACCUGAAAGAGAAUCCCUCCAAGUUAUAGAUACUGAGGGACUAGGAGCUGCUAUUGUAAAACUAUGGGGACUCAGAAUCCCUAAGCUGUCCAAGGAGAACCUACUUUCUCAGCUCUAGCCCGUUUACAUAGCCUCUGGCCCACUGAGUCAACACAGGCCUUGAAUGACAUGUAUUGAGGCUGGCAGGAGUCCCUGUUUGAGAUUAUGCAACCUUUGUUAAUCAGUUCUUUAGACAAGUUAACAUUAAAAUCCUCAAAACCAUGAAUAAUUGGAGAAUGUUGAAUGUUUGCCUUUAUCUCUCAAAUCCAUUAGUAACUGGAGUUGAGUACCUUUUCUCUGUUUGAUCUACAAAACAGCACUGGAAAAAUGCUUUAAAUUAUCUGCAUUUGGUCCCACCCUGGGUCAUUGUUUAGAAGCAUCAGCACAUGUUUUCUCCCUGGCAUAAUAUGGGCAGCCAGAGUUCUGUGCAAGGGCAGCUAGACGAGUCAGAUGUCAUAUCCAAUCUAGCCACACAUAUAUCCUUGUCUUUAUAAAAGGCUUUAACCCUGCCUCAAACAAUAAAAAAGCACUUGUGAACUGACCACAGAAUUUUUCCAUCUUUAUUUUUCUUACUUGUUUACUUUUUUUAAUGUCAGAACCAUUUGUAUCAUGCGCAGGAAUGUCUCCCUCAAUGUGAGCUUUGGAGGCAAAACAUAUUUUUGGAGUGAGUUAUUGACCACAUUGUUUCCCUCUCUUUGGGUUGUUUAUUUUCUUCCAGAAUGGUGUAAUAACUUUAAUUAAGAUUAGCUUUAAUUAUAAAUUACCUAAAGGCCGUCACUAAGGUAUAUUCAUCUUAUUGAUAGAAUUAUAGUCAGCUUUGUUUCUCUUAAGCAGGGAUAGUGAUAAUGAAGUGCUGGGUUGGUUACAGUUCCACUGUGUGUUAACCAAAAUUUGCUGUGCUAGAGCUAGACUUUGGUCUGAAUUGGCAGAGGUAGAACCCAUGUUGCAUGUUUGUUUAUCCUAAAUCUGUAGGAAUUUCCCAAACCUUGUUUUUCAAAGUUGAGAAGUAGAAAGUAAUAAAUUCAAUCAAUCAGGGCCCAGACAUGUUUUGUACCCCCUUUACCCUUUGGUCUUUCUUCCUUUUAUCCUAUUCCACUGAGCUUGUUCUUUGGGGAUUGUGGUGCCUGACAUCACUGUCUUUCCUCCCCUAGGACACUGACUUGAGUGGAGAGACCUCAGCAACUCAAGGCCGUCCUGCAGCUCUCUGUUGCCUCAGCAAUGUCAGGACGACUGUCUCUUUCCUAAGUAACAUAAUUUUAAAGAACAAUUUGUUCCUUAGGGAAUAAUGUCUUGGAUUGUGGGGAAUCCUAUUAAAAGUACAACUAUUGCAGUCAUUUGCUUUUACUUUUACCAGCCUCGCUCAUAAACCCUCCAUCUGUUUGUUGCUUUAAAUAGAAGCACAUUAUAAGAGAUUAUCACUUGAUCAGGCUGCAUGUCUGAGUGUUGUAUGUUUUCACAUACUCAUGUAUACUAAGGAAUAAAAGAAAGCAAACCACA